AUGUUUUGCAAAAUCACCGUCUUAGUUGCAAUACUCGCAUACGCCAAUGCUGGCAUUUACGGCGAAUCCCCAGUAGCCGCUCUCUCAGCCGGACCAGUGGUCUCUGCCUAUUCUUCAUAUGCAGCUCCUCUUUCCUACUCAUCGCCAAUCUCGGCUCCCGUUGCAGCAUACUCUGCGCCUGUUGUUGCUGCCCCAACUGCUGUAUCCAGAUCAGUCGUCAGCACCUAUACCAACCACGCCUCACCUGUAGUUGCAGCAUAUGCGGCCCAAGCACCAGUUGUAGCUAAAACAGUAGCUGCUCCAGUUGUAUCUAGCUACUCUGCACCAGUGGUAUCUGGCUACUCUUCACCAGUGGUAUCUGGCUACUCUUCUCCAGUGGUAUCCAGCUAUUCAGCACCAGUGGUAUCUAGUUACUCUGCACCAGUAGUAUCAAGUUACUCGUCCAACAUUGUGGGAAAAAGCUAUGGUUCGCCUGUCAUUUCAGCCUAUUCAUCACCAUUGGUUGCUGCACACUCCGCUCCUGUUAUCUCAGCAUAUGGAUCUCCAAUUGUCAGCGGUUACUCUGGACAUUCUCCAGUAGUGUCUGCUUAUUCCGCUCCAUGGUAA